GGUGAGCCUUUGACGAAAUAGGGGCAUCUUGGUAAGGGUCGAAACGGUUUCUUAUCCUGCAGUCGAAACCAACAUCUUUUCCGUGAUUUUGAAGAUGAUACGCUCGAUGGCUUAACGCUUGUCUCACGGUAUGUAAUUCGUAAUGAUGCGGACCCGAAAGUCUGUAGCAAUCGUGGGGUCCGGCAUUAUGGACUCCGCGAAUGCCCCCUUGCUCCAGUCCGCGUAUAGGACAGACAGCAAAAGCAGGUAUGGCGAGCCACACAGCAACCAUCGGGGUCCCUGGCAUCCCAACCAAGACCCCCUCUCGAUGUCUUGCUGUCCUCGCGCCAUCCGCCAUUCUGUUCUAUAGUCGCGACUCCGAUCUAUUCCGUAUCUCUGUAGUCGCGACUCCGUCCGCCACGAGUCCGGCACCUCACCCCUUAAACCGGACUGACAUAGCACAGUCAGAGUCUCCGGAGCUCCUUGGGGCCUCAAUUCGCUAUAAGAAAUAGUCGAGAGGAAGGUUAUCCCUAGUUGUAGAAGCUAGGACAGUGUUCACCAUCCUUCUUUAUCCCAUCUCCCAACCACCAUUCUCUCGAAAGAUAUCUUCGCUUUUUGACUCGAGUCCUUUGACUUUGUGACACCUCUCUCUCUCCCUGUGUGUGUGAUACAUACGUCCCAAUCAACAGUCGUUACACCGACACCUACCCACCCCACAAACCCAACACCAGUCAACACCAGUCAACACCAUGGCCCCAUCCGCAACCUCAUCAUACCCGGCCGCCGCGCCGAUGAGCAACCAGAUCAAGCCCCUAGCCGGCAAAGUCGCGCUAAUCACCGGCGCGGGCCGCGGCAUCGGCAAAGGCAUCGCGCUAGAGCUCGGCAAGCGCGGGGCCUCCAUCGUCGUGAACUACGGGCGGAGCUCCAGCUCCGCCGACGCAACGGUGUCCGAGCUCGCACAGCUAGGGUCCAAAGCGGUCGCGAUCCAAGCGGACAUCGCGAAGCCCGCGGACGUAGCGGCGCUGUUCGACAAGGCAAUCGCGCACUUCGGGCACAUCGACUACGUCGUCUCGAACUCCGGCAUGGAGGUCUGGUGCGAGGAGACCGAAGUCACGCCGGAGCUCUUCGACCAAGUCUUCAACCUCAACUGCCGGGGGCAGUUCUUCGUCGCGCAGCAGGGGCUGAAGCACUGUCGCGAGGGCGGGCGUAUCGUCCUCACGUCGUCGAUCGCGGCGCAGAUGGCCGGGAUCCCGAACCAUGCUUUGUACGCGGGGUCCAAGGCCGCGGUGGAAGGGUUCACGCGCGCCUUCGCCGUCGACUGUGGGAAGAAGCGCGUUACGUGCAAUGCCAUUGCGCCAGGUGGUAUUCAGACGGAUAUGUUCGAUGAGAACAGCUGGCAUUACGUGCCGGGUGGGUAUAAGGGCAUGGAUAUCAAUACCAUCAAGGACGGCCUCCGCAAGAUGUGCCCCCUUGACCGUGUCGGCGUCCCGGCCGACAUCGGAAAGGCGAUUUUUUGCCUCAUUAGCGAUGAGGGCGAGUGGAUUAACGGCCAAGUCAUCCGUGCUUCGGGCGGCGGCGUGUAGAUUUUCUACGCGCGACCGGGAUCCCCCCCCUGAGCCCUUUUUAUUCCGCCCAAGCUGCCGUGGCAUGCAGCUAGCAACGCGCGGAGCAUGUCAGAUUUUUACUCGGCGCCAU